AUGGCCCGCCUCGCCCACCUCGCCCACAAGCACGUCCUCGAGCUCGCCGGCCCAGACGCACAAAAGUUCCUCAAGGGCCUCAGCUGCAAGGACGUAGAGUACCUCGCCGGCGGCUACAGCGGCUUCCUCAACGCCUCCGGCCGCGUCCUCCAUCCCGUCUUCAUCUUUCCCCGCUCCCCAAACAGCUACCUCAUAACCCACGAGUCACCACCAGACCACCCUGCCCCGCUCCCCGCCCUUCUCCCGCCGUUCAAGCUACGCUCCAAGGUCAGGAUAAAGGAUGUGUCGGAGCAGUGGGAUGCUUGGUCAGCGUGGCAGGACACAGUGCCAGAGGGGCCAAGUCCGACGCGCACCUGGAAGAUGGGCAGCGGCGGCGCAGCAGAGUCACGCUGGGACUGGCCAGAUGGCAUACGGACAGCCGGGCUCAGCGAGCAGGAAGUGGGCUGUUGGGAUCUGAGGGCGGGGUGGAAUAGCAUGGGCAGGCAGAUACUUGUGCCCAAGGGCCAGUCCCCAUCUCUGUCAUCAUCACACGAUAUCGCCUCUCUAGACGACUACAGACUGCAUCGAAUGCUGCUCGGUGUCCCGGAAGGACAAGACGAAAUAAUACCCGGUUCUGCGCUUCCUCUAGAAAGCUCCAUGGAUAUCCACGGCGGGGUCGACUUUCGAAAGGGCUGUUAUUUGGGGCAGGAGCUGACGGUCCGCACGUAUCAUACCGGUGCGACGCGAAAGAGGAUUUUGCCCGUCCGUCUCUUCCCCAUGGACCAUUCUGGCUCCAUCCUUGAUCUCAUUUCCUCCCCUUCUCCUGCUUCUUCACUAGAAGCCACUUAUCCCCUCGACAUCACCUUCCAUCCCCCAACAUCGUCAGCCUCCAAAAAGCCUCGGUCGGCGGGCAAGAUUCUCUCGUUGCACAAUACCAUCGGGCUCGCUCUGGUGCGUCUCGAAAUGGCCGAACGGACAUGGUGGUCCUCGGACACUCUGGGCACAAGUGCCUCGCAAUGGGCGCAAGGCGAGACGGGGAGAUUGACCACCCAGAUCAAUGGCAAGGAGUACGGACUCUAUGUGGGGCAAGGGGAAGCGUACGCAUCGGCACUAGCAAACACACCAUCAUCAACAUCCAAUUGA